ACAGCCGGUUGCCCAGGGAAACCAUUGUUUGUCCUAUAGUUCACAUCGGAGGUCCGGGAAACUGAAAUACCUUGGACUUGGCGAUAAGAUAUUUGCCAAUUGUAUGAUAUAUUUUGUGUACGUCUAUGAGUUAUCGAUUCGGCAAAUUAUAACCUUCCAUUCAGUUUUACUUUUAAUCGCGGAUGUUCAGUACAGGCUCCCACGGACUCAAGUCGGAGGUAAGUUCCAAUAAAUGCACCAUUUACGUUUCGUUUUUCGUCACGAGGUCAUCAAAAAUGUUGGUCUCUGUUACGCGAUGACGUCGAAUUCGUCACGUUGACUGUAGUCAGAUUUGAGCAACGUCGCCGUUCAGAACCAAAACCAUUCAAAGAAUGUCAUCAUCGUGUGAUCGAUUAUUUGCCGAAGCUCGGCGAAGCACCCCGUCGUCUGAUAGAGGCACGGUUUUGAAUUCCUCUUUUGUCGCAAAUGUUCAUCGAUGCAAAAAGAACUAAAAUGCCCCCAAACUCCAUCCGUUGUGUGUACUCACAAGCUCAACAUCUAUUAAUGAAGUGGUACAAAAGCGCGACUGAUGUGGAGGGACCGUCGCAAUGGACAAGAAAGAUAAGAAAGAAAAAAAGUCCAAGAGUUCAAGUCCCUGCAAGGAUACGGUCAGGACAUUUCUGCAUCUUUUCUCCCCGUCUCUAAAUGCUCUGCCACACAAUCCACGCCCUUCAUUGUUUUUGCAGUUCGAACCACUUCGCGUCGACGUCAAAACGACAACGACCGCAGUUCUUCUGCUGAGCUCCCCCGAAGAGGACAUUGUGGUCAUCGCAUGUGAAGCGAUCUUCCAAUUUGCAGGGGAAGAUGGGAACAAGGUUCAUCUGAUGGAACUCGGCGUCCUGCAGCCUCUCAGUCGACUCAUCGCACACAGCAAUGAGCUGAUCAGACGAAAUGCGUUCAUGGUUUUGGGCACCAUGGCCUCCAACAGUGCCGUCGCCAAUGCCCUACAACAAAUAGAUAUCAUUCCAACCAUUAUUGACAAACUCUCCCUUGACGAUUUGGUUAUUCAAGAGUACGGAGCCCUGUGCCUCUCCUAUCUGUCCCUGGCUCCGGCCUGCAAGGUUCAGAUCUUUGACAACAAAGGCCUGUCGGCAUUAAUCAAGCUGCUUGCCAGUACAGAACCGGAUAUUCAGAAAAACUCUCUGGAGACCAUCUACAACCUGGUUCAGAGCAGCCAAUUCUGCCCAUCCGUCCUGGAGUUGGGCGGCAUCCCUUUCAUUCUGGAGCUGCUCCAUUCGGACUACGUCGUCAUUCAGCACUUGGCUUUAAACAUUUUACAGAAAGUCACGGCCGAUAAAGAGUCGUACGGCGCAAUGAGGAAAGAGCAGGGACUCGAGAAGCUCUUAGAUAUCAUCAAAAACACGGAUUUCAACGACCUCCAUGUUGAGGCUUUGCAGGUUCUUGUUAAUUGCAUGAGCGAUAGUGACAAUUUCCUGCUGAUUGAGAACGAAGGAGGACUGACGAUACUAUUUGAGCUUGCCCUUCCGCCUAAACUCUCUGAACCGGGCAAACAUGAAAUGCCUCUCGUUAAAAGCAGCAAUAACGAAGUCCAGUCCGGCGCUGUCGAAUGCCUCUCUCGAGCUGCUCAAAACGCCAACAAUCACAAAAUUCUCCACGACAUCGAAAUGGAGGACAUUCUGGUGGAGCUUCUCUCCGGCAGCAGCGAUUGUGUGAAUAUGUUUGUUUGUCAAGCUAUGGCCGGCAUGAGCUCCUUCUUAUCCAGCAAAGAACGCUUCAGAGAAAUAGGCGGUUUAUCUGCUUUGAUACAUUUACUGAGCAGUGGACAUGCCCUCGUGAGAGGGGAAGCCAUCCAGGCCCUUGCCAACCUGACAUCCGAUCACCAUCAGAACUCGAUGACAAUAUAUGAAGAAGGAGGGCAGAAGCCUCUUGUGCAGUGCCUCCAUGACAGCUGUCCCAGAACAGUGGCCAAUGCCGCCGCCAUACUUUACAGGAUAGCGGGGCAGGAGGCCGUUCGCUCCGACUUGUUAUCUCUGGGGGCCAUACGGGCAUUGGUGGAGCCCUUAAAGUCGACGGACCCGCAGGUCGUCGUUCACGCCGCAUUGUGCAUCUGCGAACUGGCGUCUGAGGCCGACGCCAGGACACAGCUCCAGAGUGCCGGCGGUCUGGAGCCAUUGGUCAGUUUGCUGCGUUCCACUAACAUGGAGGUGUUGCGCACCGCAUGCAUGGCAAUCAGCGUUUGUGCAAAGGAUGAGCCCGUCUCCGUAGAGAUGUGCAAAUUUGGAGCCCUGGAAAUGCUGAACGAAAUCAACCAGGCGGACACGAGUAGGAGUAAGUUCAGCGAGUUUGCCUUCAACAGUCUGCUGCAAUCCAGCCUCUCUCUCAAAUACGGCUUGACGGAUCAUUUGGCCUCAACCGAUCUCAUCACCGAUGGCUUCUACGAUGCCGGGAAGGUGUGUCGGCGUUUGCAUUUGGGAACCCCGAUCGCGAUUAGGACCGUCGGAACCUCACCCCCUACGUCUCUCUUUCAGUUGUAUUUUGGUCAGAAAGUUUUGACUUUAGUGGAACUGUCCAUGGAGCCAGUGAACGAACACCUGCCCGUCAUCGUUGUCAAUUCAGCCAUCGAGGUGUACAUCCACGCGAAAAGUGCGCAAGGAGGGCAACAAACGGAGAGAUACUGGAAGUUGAUGAAUGACGUGGCUUUGAGGUUUUUGGUGAAGGAGGUGAAAGAAUCCAUCUCUCUCCUGAACGGCGAACAGGAACGCUACGUAGCCCUGGCCAGGCGAGUUAGCAAAGUCAUGGGCGGAGCAAUUGAGAAAGAAGAUUUGCACACCUUCGGGUGGCUACUGCACAUCUCCCUGCUCAAAGUGAAGCUGCAGUGCAACGUGCUCCCCAUUGGCCUGAUCAGCAAGGGGUUCUACUGUCACCGGGCUCUUCUUUUCAAGUACUUGGCUGAUUGCAUUGGCCUGAGUUGCACUCUGGUGCGAGGUGACUACAAUCGAGCUUGGAACGAAGUCCUACUCCACGACGGCGAUCGCUCCGGCAAUCAAGCUUCGUCACAGCCGUCUCGCUACAUUGUGGACCUCAUGCACCAGCCCGGAACCUUCUUCAAGUCCCAUACACCUGCUGCAUUCCGAUACCACGGGACAAUAGAGCAUCGCAGCUUUUAGCAGGACUGGAGUAGCCCUUUUUUUAAAAACAUUUUUUUUUUUUUU